UGUUGGCUGUGCCCGGCGUCCCGCGGCACGGGCCAAGAUGGCGGUGUGCGCGCAGCGGGGUGGCCUGGCUGCGACCCUCUUCGCCGCUACCCUGCUUGCCCUCGGGCUGGCAGCGGAGCGCCCGGCGGCCCCUGUGCCACACCGCCGCUUCGAGUACAAGUACAGCUUCAAGGGGCCGCACCUAGUGCAGGCGGACGGGACGGUGCCGUUUUGGGUGCAUAUGGGCAAUGCUAUACCGAGUACAGAUCAGAUUCGUGUAACGACAUCUUUGAAAAGCCAAAGAGGGUCAGCGUGGACAAAAAACAAGUCAAUAUUUGAAUAUUGGGAAGUCAAAGUGACCUUUCGAGUUACAGGAAGAGGCCGCAUUGGAGCUGAUGGAUUGGCAAUCUGGUUUACAGAAGAGCAAGGCUUGGAAGGUCCUGUUUUCGGGGCAGCUGAUAAAUGGAAUGGUGUUGGAAUUUUCUUUGAUUCCUUUGACAAUGAUGGAAAGAAAAACAAUCCUGCAGUGAUCGUUGUAGGCAACAAUGGAAAACUUCUGUAUGACCAUCAGAAUGAUGGUUCCACACAAGCAUUGGCAUCCUGUCAGAGGGACUUUCGUAACAAGCCCUAUCCUGUUCGAGUAAAGAUAACAUACUACCAAAAAACGUUAACUGUAUUAAUUAACAACGGGUUUACUCCGGAUAAAGAAGACUAUGAAUUUUGUGCAGAAGUGCAAGAUAUAGUAUUGCCGUCACAAGGAUAUUUUGGAAUAUCUGCAGCAACAGGGGGCCUUGCAGAUGAUCAUGAUGUCCUGUCUUUUCUGACCUUCCAGUUGACUGAGCCCGGGAAGGCAGUAUCAACACCAGAUGCAGAAAUUCCUCAAAAAGAUAAAGAGAAGUAUCAAGAAGAGUUUGAACACUUUCAACAAGAACUGGAUAAAAAGAAAGAAGAGUUUCAAAAGGAACAUCCUGAUGUGCAAGGGCAGCCAGCAGAUGAUCUUUUUGAAACUGUAAGUGAUCGUGAGCUGAGACAAAUCUUUGAGGGGCAGAAUCGAAUUCAUCUUGAAAUCAAACAGCUUAAUAGGCAAUUGGACAUGAUUCUGGAUGAGCAGAGGAGAUAUGUCUCUGCAGUCACAGAUGAGAUUGCUAAAAGAGGAGCUGGUUUUCCAGGUCAACAAGGACAGGUUUUGCAGCAAGAGAUUGAGACAGUUGUGAAAACUCAAGAAGAGGUCAUUAGACAAGUAAAUGAAAUGAGAAAUUCCAUGGCUGAUACUCUGAAGUUGAUCAGUGGAGCUCAACAUCCUGGCUCAGCUGCAGGAGUCUAUGAAACAACUCAGCACUUCAAUGACAUGAAAGAACACCUCCAUGUAGUGAAGAGGGACAUUGAGCAUUUAGUACAACGAAAUAUGCCAUCUAGUGAGAAAUUGAGGUGUCCAGACUUGCCACCUUUUCCAUCGUGCUUAUCUACAGUGCACUUCCUCAUAUUUGUAGCAGUGCAAACAGUGUUAUUCAUUGGUUAUAUCAUGUAUAGAAGUCAACAGGAAGCAGCAGCCAAAAAAUUCUUUUGAUGACCUGUUCCUUUUGUGUGUACAUAACAGCAGUAUGUAUGCACAGAAAAUUAUACGCUUUUGUAAAUGAGGGAAAUUUUAGUGUUUGAUAUACUUCAAUAUUGUAAAUUAUUGAAUUUUGUUAGUUUAAAUGAGAACUCAUUUUGUUUGUUCAUUCAAAGUUAAAAACAGACUGGGGAGCAGUGGAGCAAACACGAGAUAGGAUCCACAGUCUUCCCCUAUCUAAGUCUGUGUUUUCAGCUAACUUUCUCAUAAAUACUGGGAGGCAGAUGCCAUAUUCCUCUUUUGUUAAGAUUUCAGGGGAAGGAAUUGAAACACCCAGAUUUGGUGGUAAUUAAUUAUGAGAAUUGCAGGUGAUGAUCUAUGCAGAAAGCUUGCCUUUUAAGUGUUGUGACAUACCAGUUUAAAAAAAACCAAACAAGCAAACAAACACCACACCACCCCCAAAAAAAAAGCAAACCACCACCUUUAAAAAAAACAAACCAAACCAAAAAGAAAAACAAAACAAAAACAUCAGCAAAAAACCCUCCCUCAAAAACUGGUUGUUUGGGGGUUUUUUUGGGAUGGGGGUCAGAACCUGUUACAAACAUUUCAUUUGUUUACCUUGGAUUUAGUAAGAAUUGGUUAAUCCUAACUCUUUGUUAAAUAUAGAUACUUUUAAAAGUGUGGACACAAAGACAGGCCUUUAACAGUCUGACUGCUGAUACCUGACAUAGAAAACAAACUAGACAGAACCAGCAAACAAAGGCUUAUCUCCUUAUUUUGGGUUUUGGUUUUGGGCAGUGAGAGAAAACAUGAUAAAAUAGUUCAAGUAUAUUGUGGAACUGAUUUCUUUCUUCUAGCUUCAAGUCUGUCUGUAAUUUUCUGUGGAUAUCUGUGGAACUUUCUGAGCAAAGAUAUCAUUGCUUUGUACCUCUUCAAUUCUGAUUUUAUUAAUGAUGUAUUUAGUGUAUUAAUAUGUCUUUACUUUUAUAAAGCUGUCUUGUCUUUCAUGUGUCAAAUACAGAUGCUUUGAUUUAAAUCUUGACAUGGCAAGUAUUCUAAACUACAGGUAUUGAUUGAGUGUUAACCCACUUCUUCACAAGCUGUUGCUUCAGAAGUGUUUGUUAAUCUGAAAGCUACUGUAGAACCAAUAUUGUGUGUCAAUUCCUGCUUUAAUAUCAAAACCAUAAGACUGAACAUGUGCUUUUGAUAUUGUUUAUCAGGUGAACGUUUGCUUCAGGAAAGAAAGAAAGCAGAGAGCCCAAAUUCGGAAUGUGAAAUUAAUUAAUUUUGCCUUGUUUAUACAUCUGUGGUAACUUUGUCCUUGAAUGGGGGGUGUGUGUGUAGAGUUAGAAUAGGGGGGUUUUGAUUUGUUUGGUUGGCUUUUUUAAUUCUAUGAAAUACACAAAUGCAUCAAGAUAUUUCACUUCUAAUUAUUGUUUAUCUGAAUCUGCAAAAAUUAUCUGGAAUCUAGCAUACUGCUACUGUAUUCCUACAGUCUACUCCCUUGGAGUGUAACACAUACUGCCAAAUUCACUGUGAUGAAGAACACUUCAGUAUUGUGCCUGUCAGUUUGGAGAAAUGAUAAAUCUAUGCAAUAUAUAUUGUUACUUAAAAUACUGUCUCCAAAAAGUGCAUGUCUGUGCUAUGGCAAUAAAAUUAUACUACCUGCACCACCUAUUUACAGGUGUACAGUAUGUAGUAUACUGUAAUUGGUAUAGAUUCAUUUCUAAAUUGGAGAAGAUUUUGCUGUACUAAUUGGAGAAACUACUGCCUCAAGCUAAUCUUGCUGGAUAAAUAGAGUAAAGGGGGGGGGGGGGGGGAUGGGGGGGACCCACAAACUUUUCAGAUAAGCCAGAAUAACAGGAGUAGGAAUUUAUCCAUUCAGUUCUUUCAACACCAGCAAAUAUUUACAGGUGCCUUGAGUCUAAGCUAUUACAACUCUGACUCUUCUAUACUAAACUUAAUAUAUUUUCUUAAAUUGUUCUGAAAAUGUACACUGUUGUUCCUUUCAAUUGCAAGCCUUCCUGUGUCAGUGCAACACCUAAACAGAACUCUCUCACAGCAGGUUUUGUGAGACCCUUUAUACAGAAAGGCUAACAAUUGUAUUUUGGUAAGUCGGUGCAUAUAUCUGACGUAAUGAGGAACAGCUCUAAUGUGUCAGCUGGAGGAAGCCUGUAUUUUUUGUUACUGUGAAUUUAUCCAACCAUAAUUUUGUUUUAAAGCUGUAGCAGCCCGUAUUUUUGUCUGUUUUGUUAGAAGGCUGGGGAUGGUGUCUAGGGGAAAACUUGAACCUGCAAUUGUAUCUUCAGUGUGAGGCUCAGCUUGUGUGUUAUGCUGCUAAUAGAUCUGACAUACCUCCCACGUGCAACUAGGAAACUUUUGUAUUAGGGAGCAGAAGGUCUAAAGUGUAAUAUCCCAAAAGUGGUAACUUUGCUUCAUGAUUCAUUUCACAGUCAUCUCUCCUUGGAACUUUCAUAUUGCUUCGUCACUCACUGGAUCAAAGGAAAGCUCCCAAUUGCCCAGCUUAAAUUUUGUCCUGUCUGUUUUGGAAGUGAUAGCAACAAAUUUGGACUUUAAGAAUGUGUCAGUCAGUGUAGCUUCCUGUUACAGCUGGCUACUAGAAGUUUCAACACUGACUGUGUUUGAUUCUUAUGAACAAAGAUUUCAGGACUAGGAGGAGAAGACGCAUUGGAAUCCGGUUUGAUAAUACAGGGGAGAACAAGUCUAAUAAUUGUAUUUGAAGUGUGGAUGACAAGUAGCAAAUAUUUGGCAGUGACAAGAGAAUCUCAUUGUACUCAUCAGGGUGUAUUAAAUACAUGGUCAUAGCUGAAUCUUUCAGAAGUAAAACUUACAUUAUGGUUUAUAAAUUAACUAACUUCCUGUUUCAAGAAAAGCUGACAUUUAUCAAUGCAUCAAUUACUGUAAUACCAGACUGUCUACUGUUGGUGGUGGUGGGUUUUUUUAAAUUCAAACAGCUGACAUUUUCAUGUUUGUUUCUGACUAAUGUAAAUUGACACUUGGGAGUUCAGAGAUAACCUUAUCUGAAUAAAGAUGCAUAUUUUUAGUAA